UUGACUUGAGGUUAGAAAUAGAAUUGCAUAAAAAUUACUUUCUAACUAUAUAAAAUAAUAUUUAAAUGCUGUCAAAUAGUUAACUUAUUGUAAAAUAAACAAAAAGAGCUCUGUAGAGAGAAUCGUUAAUACAUCUCCUAUGGUACAAGUUUUUAGUACAUAGUAAAAAUGUCGACGCGCUGGUAUCCCAUAUAUCAGAGAGGAAACCCUCAAUUGCGAGUUUUUUUGCCCAAUUUUUGGAUGAAGUUGGUUCGGCCCUCUGCUAAUCAACAGCCAAACUUGGUUGAAUUCCAUUGCUCCAUGGAGAUGACAAAACAUGACAUAAAAAACUAUUUGGAGAAAAUUUAUAAUGUACCUGUAAUAGAUGUAAAAACUAGAAUAGCAUUGGGUAAAUUUCGAAAGGAUAUUGGAAAAGGCUACAUUGUUAAGGAUGAUGAUGUAAAGUUUGCUUAUGUGACCCUGCCCAAAACUAUGAAGUUUGAAUUUCCUGAUAUUUUUGAGAAGAAAAAAGGAGACCCUGAGGAUGAUAUGAAAUCAUUAGAUGAAGCUAAAAAAUCAUUCAAAAGUUUUAUAAGACGCAAUAAAGACAGAUCAGAUGUGCCUAGCUGGUUCUCCAUCUAAUAAAAUUAUGAGUUACUUAGUUCUAAUUAAAUUAAUUACUUAAUGGUAACAAUUUAGUGAUUAUUUUCUGUAGAUAUUUACAAAAAUAAAUAAAUGUAUUUAGUUUAAACAAA